AAACGAAAACAAUCAUCAACAAAACGUAUCAUAAUAAUUUUGUUUGUCGAACUGUUCAGUUAUUCAGCAACAAUAAUUUUUUUUAAAAAAACUGUAUUUCUCAUCUAAUUCUUAAUAAGAAUUGCUUGUUUGUUUGUUUGUGACAUUUGUCAAAUUCGAAAAAUUGUUGUUUGUUUUUGAACAAAAAUGUCGAAAGCACCUGCGAUUGGUAUUGAUUUGGGCACAACUUAUUCUUGUGUCGGUGUUUUUCAACAUGGUAAAGUAGAAAUUAUCGCUAAUGAUCAAGGUAAUCGAACAACACCAAGUUAUGUUGCUUUUACCGAUACGGAACGUUUGAUUGGUGAUGCGGCUAAAAAUCAAGUGGCUAUGAAUCCAUCGAACACUGUGUUCGAUGCUAAACGUUUAAUUGGUCGACGUUUUGAUGAUCCAUCUGUUCAAUCUGAUAUGAAAUUCUGGCCAUUUAAAGUGGUUAAUGAAGGUGGAAAACCAAAAAUCGAAGUUGAUUAUAAAGGUGAAGUGAAACGAUUCUUCCCCGAAGAAAUUUCUUCAAUGGUAUUGAUCAAAAUGAAAGAAAUUGCCGAAGCAUACCUAGGUAAAAAAGUUACCGAUGCUGUCAUCACUGUACCAGCUUAUUUCAAUGAUUCACAACGUCAAGCUACCAAAGAUGCUGGUGCUAUUGCCGGUUUAAAUGUUCUUCGUAUUAUCAAUGAACCUACAGCUGCUGCUAUUGCAUAUGGUUUAGAUAAAAAAGGUGGUGAAAAAAAUGUAUUGAUUUUCGAUCUUGGUGGUGGUACAUUCGAUGUAUCAAUUUUGUCAAUCGAUAAUGGUGUAUUUGAGGUCAAAUCAACUGCAGGCGAUACACAUCUAGGUGGUGAAGAUUUUGAUAAUCGUCUUGUUAAUCAUUUUAUUCAAGAAUUUAAACGUAAAUAUUCUAAAGAUAUGUCGGCAAAUAAACGUGCAGUACGUCGUCUUCGUACCGCUUGUGAACGUGCAAAACGUACAUUAUCAUCAUCAACACAAUCAACAGUCGAAAUCGAUUCAUUAUAUGAAGGUAUUGAUUUUCAUUCAACAAUAACACGUGCACGUUUUGAAGAAUUAUGUUCGGAUUUAUUCCGUUCAACAUUGGAACCAGUGGAAAAAGCUAUGCGCGAUGCUAAAUUGGAUAAAUCAAAAAUUGAUGAAAUCGUAUUGGUCGGUGGUUCAACACGUAUUCCAAAAAUACAGAAAUUACUUACUGAUUACUUUAAUGGAAAAGAUUUAAACAAAUCGAUUAAUCCGGAUGAAGCCGUUGCAUAUGGUGCAGCAGUACAGGCUGCUAUUUUGACUGGUGAUACAUCAAAAAAUGUCCAGGAUUUACUUCUGCUGGAUGUUGCACCAUUAUCGUUGGGUAUUGAAACUGCUGGAGGUGUAAUGACAGCAUUGAUCAAACGUAAUACAACCAUACCAACGAAACAAACACAAAUAUUCACCACCUACGCCGAUAAUCAACCGGGUGUUACAAUUAAAGUAUAUGAAGGUGAACGUGCCAUGACCAAGGAUAAUAACUUAUUGGGUACAUUCGAUUUGAAUGGAAUUCCACCUGCACCUCGUGGUAUUCCACAAAUUGAAGUUACAUUUGAUAUUGAUGCCAACGGUAUAUUGAAUGUAUCGGCUGUGGAUAAAAGUACUGGUAAACAGAAUAAGAUCACUAUUACGAAUGACAAAGGUCGUUUAUCGAAAGAUGAUAUCGAACGUAUGGUACAAGAAGCUGAAAAAUAUCGUGAAGAAGAUGAACGACAACAAGCUAGAAUUCAGGCUAAAAAUUCAUUAGAAUCAUAUGCAUUUCAAAUGAAAAAUUCUAUCGAAGAUGAUGCCAUCAAAUCAAAAAUAUCCGAUUCUGAUCGAACAACCAUUUCAAAUAAAAUCAAAGAUGUACUAAACUGGCUAGAUAAUAAUCAAUUAGCCGAAAAAGAUGAAUUUGAAGAUAGACAAAAAGAAUUGGAACAAAUCUGUCGACCUAUCAUCUCGAAAUUGUAUCAAGGUGCAGGUGGUCCAGGAGGUCCCGGUGGUUUCCCGGGUGGUGCAUCAACUCAUGGUGGUGGUGGUUCUAAUAGUGGCCCAACAGUAGAAGAAGUAGAUUAAGUGAAUACAUGAAACAUCAUUUGAUUAUAUAAUGUUUGUAACUGGUUGAACCAGUACUUGUUUUCAUUAUAAUUUGAUAUUUUUGUUUCUGAAAAUAAUAAUAAUAAUAAUAAUAUUCAUUCAUGUUCUUCCUAUCACUCUCAGGUUUAAA